GAACGACCGGAGAGUAAGUCUACCCCACUUCCGCAACAAUGCCAGCAUGUUCCGUCAUGGUGCCCUACAGCUCAUGUUACACACACUGGACCCUUUAAGUGACUCGGACGUCGUUGAAGACAAGGCUAUGCAGCUCCAAGUGAUGGCAAAGACACAGCACAAGGCUGGCCUUCCCCAAGCCACAGGCAACGGCAAGUCUCAACAGCCUAACGAACAACCCGCAAGCAGACCAGAGAGUGCGAGGUCAAAUCAAAAACUAACAAUAUCGUAUCACAAUGGAUACACCAACGGGGACAUAAUCAUGGACGAACCCACGCAGAUUACAACAGUGUCGCAAGCGUGCGAUAGUCCCCUUAGCGUCAAGACCGGGAACGGGAUAACGCUGACACCACUACCACCUCUCAACGGACAUCAUCGGAACAUUACGGACGUUGACCAACUCGGUAACGAUGCAACGCAUCUCCAGACAAACAAGCCAACGGACCAUAUGAAGGGCAAUGGAAAUGGCUUGUGCGAAACGACAAUCAUAGUGAAUGGCGCCACCAAUGGUGGAACGAACACUGAUAGUAAUGUUGGACCUAUCGCCAAUGGAGUGGAUCAGGAGUUUGAGAAGAGCACGGAGCAGUUGACUGCAAAUGCUGCUGUCAAUAACAUGGAGUCUCAAGAAAGUACAGAUCAGCCGGACAUGGCCGACAUGGAAGUCGAAGAGCCUCUUGAUAUCAGUUGGCCCCAGGGAUGGAGGAAACGCGUGACAUACAUCCUUCUUGCACCGUUGGUAUACCUACUCUACUUCACACUACCAGACGUCAGACGGAUGGAGAGUAGAAGGUGGUACCCCAUAACUUUCAUCGGCAGUAUCCUGUGGAUCGCGGGUUUCUCCUAUCUCAUGGUGUGGAUGGCCAAGGAAGUCGGAGACACCAUCGGCUUCGAGGAACGGGUGAUGGGACUGACAUUCUUGGCAGCUGGUACCAGUAUACCUGAUCUGAUUACCAGCGUGAUCGUAGCCAGGAAAGGUCUUGGGGACAUGGCUGUGUCCAGCUCUGUCGGGAGCAACAUCUUUGACAUAACAGUUGGAUUACCAUUCCCAUGGAUCCUCUGGAGCCUCUCCCGUAGCGGUACACCGGUGCCCGUGGACAGCAGGGGCCUCUUCUGCUCCAUCUUCCUCCUCUUCGGAAUGCUCAUCCUGGUGGUGAUCCUCAUCGCAGUCAACAAAUGGCGCAUGACCAAGGUCAUGGGAGGCUUCAUGUUCCUCUUCUACAUCGCUUUCCUGACCAUCAGUCUUUUGCUCCUGGCCGACACGAUUCCGUGCAUCAUCGGGGUAUAAGGGACCUGUCCACCCUGCAGUAGACUGCUCUAUCUAGAAAUAACAUGGACUUAAAAGCGGACCUUAAGUCAUCGGAAAGUCUGUAAAGCGACCCUGCUUUAGGUGUGCCUGUCAACAUUUCCUUGAAGACACUGCCCUAUCUAGAAAUAACCAUGGACAAAAGCAGACAGUAAGUCAUCAGAAAGUAUGUAAGUCCACCCUGCUUUAGGAGUCCUUAUCAACAUAUCCUAGAAGACACUGCUCUAUCUAGAAAUGGUCAUGUACUAAAGCGGACCUCAAGUCAAUGGAAAGUAUGUGAGUCCAUCCUGCUUUAGGUGUUCCGAUCAACAUAUCCUUGAAGAUACUGCUCAAUCUAGAAAUACCCAAGGUCUAAAUCGGACCUUGAGACAAUGGAAUGUAUGCAAGUUCAUCCUGCUUUAGGUGUUCCGAUCAACAUAUCCUUGAAGACCUGCCCUAUCUAGAAAUACACAUUGACUAAAGCAGACCUGAAGUUGAUGGGAAGUAUGUAAAUCCACCCUGCAUUAGGAGUCCUUUUUGACAUAUCCUUGAAGACACAGCCCUAUCUAGAAUUACUCAAUGUUACUUAUAAUAUGAACAUACUCAUAGAGUUGUACUGUAAAUCACUGGAAAAAGAGUCAAACCUGCUCCCGGAGUCCUUAUCAACAUCUCCAUAGUUGAUGAUAUUACUCUUGGAAAAUCUCCUAUGCUGGGCUUAUUUCAGUAUUCAAGUUCCUUGAUAGAUUAUCAAAUCACUGGGUUAUAUUCCAGAGAUGCCCACUAAGCUCCAAGUGUCCUGAUCUGCAUCUCCCUGUCAUUUGCCCUGUUUGAAAGAAAAUAUUCCUCCAAAAUAGCCCAUAUUAGUUGAAUUUCAAAGCUAAUUGUCAGGUUAGGUAAAUGAGCUUAUUUAAGUCUAUAGUUGUUUCUUAAGACCAGGUGUUAAGCAACAUGGAUUAUGUGAAACAACCCUCCAUUAUACUUUGCACCAUACACACCGCCAGUGCGUUGGGGCAUCUUUUCCCCUACUCACGGUAAUAAUAUUCAUGCUAUUCUUUGUUAUCUGCUGUCAAUCUGACAUGGGGGAUCAAAGAUUGCCCAUCUUGACGUCACCCUGGAGCAUGAAUCUGGUUUGUUUUCCUCCAGUAUCGUAUGACCCUCACCCAUGAUACCUAUCAAUAAUUUAUAUUUUAGAACUUGAAAAGAAAUUUCUCCACAUACAGUGUCUCUUAGCGCAUGCAUCAUUGAUUAUCAGCUACUUGGGCUGGAUUUGCCAGCUUGAGCAAUCAUCCAUAACGAUUCAAUAUUCUUGGAGUGCUUUUGGGGUGCAGUUUUAAGACUUUUAUGUUAGCGAUUUUAUCCUGCUUUCAAGAAUGUAAGGAUAGUAGUUAUAAUGGAAAAUCCAGAUAUACAUAUUGAUUUGAUUUCCCAUGUGAAGAAGUCAAUUUGUAUUUCUUAAAUGGCAAUUUUCAGCAUCUCUAUAUUUUUGAGAGGUAAGGGCAUUAGAUUCUGUGUAGAGGUUUGGGAUACAUCAUCUACUUCUCAACCUGUGGACUAGGGGGAAAAAUACCCAGGGGUUUGGGGCGGUUUCCACCCCCGAAAUGCUCAGAAGUGCCCUGGGAAGUUCCCAUAUACUGCUAUGUUAAAAGCUCAUCAAAUGUUGCAUAUUUUUAGAUGUGGGCGGUGAAAGGUAGCCCCUUUUAAAUAACCCCCCCCAAAAAAAAAAAGAAAAUCUGCCUGCUAUGGACUCACAUUGCAGGCAUGUUCAUACCUCUCCUAACAAUAUUCAUUGAAUGAAUGCCAGGUGGGUUCAUAUGGAGAAGAAAUUUAAUUUUGAUAGUGUUGUCACAUAUACUGUUCCGAUGAAUUUUUCAAAAUAUUUGACUUUGUAAGUAUCUCUUGCUGACUCAUUUUCUUGGAGCUGAAAUCAACACGGCUGAAGUAUCAAAUUCAAAGAAUUAAAUCCUAUAAUACUUUCUGAGUAUGAUAAUACCAAAUACUUUUACAGAUUAUACCUCAAAUGUAAUGGACUUGAAUGUGCUUAUAUAAAUAUACAUGUAUAAGUGCUUAUGUUC